ACAACUUUCUAAGCAGCCCUUAACUCGAAUAAAAAGUUGUUCAAUGUAGUGGAAAAAUCACAAGACGAAGACGAAAAUGGAGGAUGACGACGGAGAACCGCCACUCGCCGUCGCGAUCAACGAAACCCUAGACCCUCAAAACCACCAAAACGAAGACGAACUUCCGCCAGUCGGCGUCACUGUCAUCACCGGCUAUCUCGGCGCCGGCAAAUCCACUCUGGUUAAUUAUAUAUUAAACGGACAACAUGGAAAGAAGAUAGCUGUUAUAUUGAAUGAGUUUGGGGAAGAAAUUGGAGUUGAGAGAGCUAUGAUCAAUGAAGGUGAAGGCGGUGCACUUGUUGAAGAAUGGGUCGAGCUAGCAAAUGGCUGCAUUUGUUGCACUGUCAAACAUAGUCUGGUUCAAGCUUUAGAACAACUUGUUCAGAGAAAAGAAAGACUGGAUCAUAUAUUACUAGAGACCACAGGGUUAGCAAACCCUGCACCUCUUGCAUCUAUUCUUUGGCUGGAUGAUCAGUUGGAAGCAGCCGUCAAGCUUGACUCAAUUAUCACUGUUGUAGAUGCCAAAAAUCUCCGUUUUCAACUAAAAAAGCAUGAAGAUUCGUCCACGUUUCCCGAAGCCUUCUUACAAAUAGCGUUUGCAGAUGUUGUAAUUCUUAAUAAGGUUGAUCUGGUUUCUCCUGAUUCUCUAGAGGAGCUCGAGAAGGAGAUAAUUAGUAUCAAUUCACUAGCUAAUAUUGUUCAUUCCGUGAGGUGUCAAGUUGAUAUAUCCAUAGUAUUAAAUUGUAGAGCAUAUGAGGGUUCACAUGCUGCUCAUAUGGAACAGUUGCUAGAGGAAAAUAAGUCGCUCACUACCGAAGAUCUACAUGAUAGCGGUGUGAGAACCAUAUGUAUUUCUGAUUCACAACCGCUUGAUCUUGAUAAGGUGCGUUUAUGGCUUGAGGAGAUCCUUUGGGAUAAGAAAUACGACAUGGAUGUGUAUCGUUGCAAAGGUGUUCUUAGUGUUGUGAAUUCUGAUGAACUUCACACGGUACAGGCUGUGAGGGAGAUAUACGAGAUAGUUCCUGCACGUAAAUGGAGAAGUGGAGAAAAACAAACGAAUAAAAUCGUGUUCAUAGGCCGGUCACUAAAUGAGGAUAUUCUUAUGGACUGUCUUAGAGCUUGUACCUCAACAACUUGCUAAUGAAUGUGUAUUUUGUAAUGUUAAGAACAAGUUAACCUUAGCUCUUGUGUGGUUCGACUGAACCUAAACUUAACUUCAUUGUGAUUUGUAUUCGAUUAGCCAUGUGCUGGUCGGACUGGAACUGGCGAACAGAUGGAAGAGAUUUUCGUGGUAGGAGACAAAUGCUAUUUUUUUGGGCUCGAUAUACAGAGGGAAAAAGUUAUGAAUGGAGAAAUAGAUGGAACUGGAUGUGUGAGGAGGGAUGUUUUAGUGAACUAGUCAGGGUAGUCGCUUUAAUAAUUUGUUUGAUUUUCAGAAGCUGCAUACUAAUGACAGUCAUCAAGUUAUGCAAAAAUCUAAAGAAUCUAGACGGCUAAGGUGUUGUAUUCACAAGAAUGUGGUUAAUGCUUAGUAGACACAUCUUUUAUUAUUA